GAAUUCAUUUUUCUCCUAUCUGUGGUAGUCAAAGGAAAAUAAUGUCGUUGUCGUUUGAUCCAAAUAAGACCAUACCCGAAAUAUUUGAAGGGAAAAGUGUUUUCAUUACAGGUGGUAGUGGUUUCAUUGGAAAAGUUUUGAUAGAGAAACUUUUGAGGUCGUGUCCAGGAAUAAAAAAUAUUUACGUUUUGGUGAGGCCUAAGAAGAACAAAAAUAUUCAGGAGAGGGUCAGAGCUCUCUUUGAUGUUCCUUUAUUCGAUCAACUGAGAAGAGAUAAUAUGGCAGUCAUCAAAAAAGUGAUAGGUAUUGAAGGAGAUAUCACAAAGAUUAAUCUUGGAAUGAAUGAGACUGAUACUUCAUUACUCAUUGACAACGUGUCGAUAAUAUAUCAUAUCGCAGCUUCUGUGAGAUUCAACGAUUCUUUGAAAUCAGCCAUUUUUGCCAACACCCGGAGCACUAGAGAAGUUAUCGCAUUGGCCAAACGAUGUGCAUCAAUGGAUGUAUUCGUUCACUGUUCAACGGCGUACAGCAAUUUUGAUCAAAACGUGAUAGAAGAGAAGGUGUAUCCCCCAAAACAUGAUUGGAGGAUAGCGAUAGAAUUGGCUGAAAAAUACGACGACAUGACCUUACAAGUAUUGACAGAAAAAUAUAUCGAUCCAUUGCCAAAUACGUAUACUUUCACUAAAGGGAUGGCAGAACAACUCGUGAUAGAUUUGUGUACGAAUCAAAUCCCAGCUAUUAUAACAAGGCCGUCCAUCGUUCUACCAAGCUCGAGAGAUCCUAUAGAUGGAUGGGUUGACAAUUUCAAUGGACCCAUGUCUAUUAAUUUAUUGGCGGGAAAAGGAUUGGUGAGAGUGAUAUAUGCUGAUGAAGAUAGUGAGCACGAUAAUGUUUUUGUCGACAACACAGCUAAAGCUCUAGUCAUAGCAACUUGGAAAAAAAUCUUUCAGUCCAAAAACCCUAUCAUUGAAGUAUACAACAUCGCAUCGGAUAUGAAUUUUACCCAUAAAUUCAUGAGAGAUGAAGGCAAUAAAAUAAUUGCACGAAAUCCACCAGAUUCAUACUUAUGGACCGCAUAUGCUGUAUUUGUGAAACAUCCUAUUAUAUUUUAUAUUGCAACUCUGAUAUAUCAUAUCAUACCUGCCAUCAUUUUGGAUUCUAUUUUACGUUUGUCUGCAAGGAACCCGAAAUUUCUGAAGAUUUACCGAAUGGUUUAUAUAGCUAACGUAGCCUUGUAUGCAUUUUUGUCGAGGACAGUUGAUAUCAGAAGCAAAAAUUACGUUGCAUUGGAAGACUCUUUACUGGAAUACGACAAAAAGUCAUUUUCCUUCAUGGCUUCCCGCAUACGACCAAAUUCUACAGAAACAAAAAGAGCGAUUUCUGUUAUCUGGAAAGGCAUGAAACAAUACCUGUUGAAGGAGAAACCCUAUGCUACUGAAGCAGAAAUGAAGAAAUAUGAAUGGGUGAUGUUUCUACAAAAGAAGGUAUUUCUCGCUGUCAGAGGAUCUAUCAUUUACGUCAUCAUAUCGAAGUUAUUUUCACCGUUGAUCACCUCUAAAUUCAAUGAGAUCAUGAGUUAUUAGCUGAAUCUCAAGAUAGGUUGCACAUUUACUUUCCGUUUCAGAAUGUAAUGAAUAACAAUAAAGAAUCUAUCC